UUAUUUCCCUUUUUUUUUUUGUUGUUUUUAUACCCCUUUACGCUCAUUUACCUUUUUAUUAUUAUUAUUAUUAUUUUAUUAUACAUUCCUUCUUCUCUAUGGGCAACCAAAACUCACGCUUAGAACGACGAUUAGGAAGUACAGCAAGUCAAGAUCCUCGACUCAACACCGUGAAUGAAUGGUUACCUUCUUCUCAAGAUCCAUACCAACGACAGUAUCCUUUACCCAUCGUGUCAUCCUCACAAACUGAUAAUGGACGUGUCAAGUUACGAAAACAUUCUUCUCCUCUCAUACCUGCAUCAACUACAAGAACUACCUCUAGACGUCCUCUUUCUCGUGUCUUUCCUUUUCGUUCUUUCAACCGAUCAAAUAAUGUUGCCACUCCAUCCACUCUUACUACACCAUCUUUAUCCCGUUCUUCCAGUGUUUUGGCUGUUUCUUCUGAUAUUCCUACAACAACAACAAACAACAAUCUAACCAUAUCUCUUCAUCCUCUUUUGACUACUCAACAACAACAGCUUCUUUUAUUGCAGCAACAACGUCAUUCCUUCUAUGCAGGUGUAUCUUCACCUUCUUCAAAUCCUCCUGUUAUCACACCAAGCAACUCAAAUCAUAGUUUGUCCCAUGAUCAUAUUUUGAUUAAAAAUGAAUUAUUACUCAAUAAUACCGAUGUUAUCUGGAUCGAAGGUCGAAAAUUCCAUACUUGUGCUGCUUCUUCUUAUAUUCUACCUUGUGAUGAAGAAGAAAUUGAUCGUUUACAUUUACUCCACUUCAUGGUUCGAUUUGCUAUUCAAGGAAACUAUUUGGCACCUGUGACUGAUAGCUUAAGAAAAGGAGCUAAUGUACUGGAUAUUGGAUGUGGUCCCGGAUCAUGGACCAUGGAAAUUGCUGGUGAAUACCCAAAAUCAACUAUUGUUGGCGUGGAUAUGACAUGUGUAUUUCCUCGAGAUAUCAAACCUACUAAUUGUCAAUUCUAUCAAUGCAAUGCACUACAAGGAUUACCUUUUGAAGAUGGUACUUUUGAUUAUGUUUUUAUGAGAUUCAUGGCGCAAGGGAUUGAAUUAAACCAAUGGGAUCCUCUCAUGAAAGAUAUUAUCCGAGUAUUGAAACCAGGUGGAUGGGUGGAAGUUGUUGAAGUGGAUUUGGAAUUACAUAGAACUGGUCCUACAACAAAGAUAUAUAAUGAACAUUUAAUGACUCUGAUGAAUACUAGACAAUUGGAUCCUCAUUCUGGUCGACGAUUGAAGGAACGUUUUGAAAAAAGAGAUGAAUUGACUAAUGUCAACGCUACCUUUAUCUCUUGUCCUGGUGGUCAAUGGGCGGGAAAGCUUGGUCAAUUGACAAUGCAAUCAUGGAAAUCUUAUUAUCAAGCUAUACGACCUCAAAUAUGUAUGAUGACCAACAUGACAGCGGAUGAAUACAAUGAACAACUAGAUACCUGUUGGAAUGAAGCGGAUGAAUAUAAAACUUUUGAAAAUGUUCAUUUUGCUUAUGCCCAGAAACGAAUAUCUUAAUCCUCCAUUUUUAUAUUACACUUAUAAUAUUUUUUUUUUUUUGUUGUUAUCAUGUAUAUUUUCAUUGUUACUCUCAAAAUUAUCCUUCCUCUUUUGUUUUAUUGUUGUUAUUAUUAGUACACUUUUUUUUUGGGGAUGAUCUUUGUUUCUGGCCGUAAACAGAUCUUUCCUUUCCAUUUUUAUUAUUAUUGGAUACUCUUUUUUUAUUAUUAUUAUUGUUAUCACUUCCCUAAUACACGGACCAAUUCUUG